CGCGCAGGUCUGAAUAAAGCGCUGCUGUGGACUCCACCGUCUAUUCGGAUCUGUCCAACCCACUGUGAAUUAUUGCUGUUUUUCUUGUUGUUGUUUUUUAUGGUAACAAUUUUAGAUUGAAGCCGAAAAUAAAAUAUAUAUAUUUCUACCGCCGAACCAAAACACUGAGGAUUAAAUAUUUAUUCUCUGAGUUGUAUUUCGACGUGCACUCAUAUUCGACAGAUCACCUUUCAGUCGUCGUGAUUCCACAGUGUGGGAAUGGGAAAUGAUGGAGGAUAAAGGGCCUCGUGUAGCCGACUACUUCGUGGUUGCUGGCCUCACCGACUCAUCCAAGCCUCUGGAGGAGGAUCUGCACUUUGAUGACGCCGGUCCCAAAUCUGUGAAGCCCAAAGCUCCCAUUACCGAUGUCGCCGUAGUGAUCCGCUCCCUGGGUGAAGAGGUACCCCCAGGGUUCACCUGUGUGGAGAGCACCCCUUCAGGCCUCUCCGCAGAGCUCAAUGGAGCCAGCCUCAGGGGCCCACAGAUCUUCUUGUGCUUCAAGCGAGGCCGAGAUAAGCCUCCACUCACAGAUCUUGGCGUUCUGUACGAGUGGAAGGAGAAGCUAAAGCCUGGAUGUCACAUUGUCCAGACCACGCCCUCAGGUCGACCUGCCAACAUCAGCAGCUCAUCCUCCCAACGCAUCUACAUCACCUACCGCCGCGCUCCAAAGAGUCAGCCACACACUUCACUGGCCGUCACCGAUGUCUGCAUCAUCAUUCCUGGGAAGGGGGAGGUGCCUCCUCACACCUUCUGCAAGGUGGACAAGAACCUCAACAGCAGCAUGUGGGGAUCCUCAGUCUACCUUUGUUAUAAGAAGUCUCUGGCUAAAGCAAAUGCAGUUGCAUAUAAAGCAGGUCUGUUGUGUCGGUACCCUGAAGAGGACUACGAGUCCUUCCCACUGCCUGAGUCAGUGCCUAUGUUCUGCCUGCCCAUGGGGGCCAUGAUCGAGUGCUGGCCUGCACACACCAAACACUCCCUGCCUGUUUUUUCCACAUUUGUACUAACCGGGGCCUCUGGAGAAAAGGUGUACGGAGCAGCUAUCCAGUUCUAUGAGCCUUACUCGGAGGAGAAACUGUCGGAGCGUCAGCGCUCCCAGCUUGGCCUGCCAAGCUCUGAUUUUGGACCUGAUGGGACCAGAAAUGUUUACAGCAACAAGAGCAUCUGCUUACUCUCCCACUGGCCCUUCUUCCAGUCCUUCAGGAGCUUUCUCACUUUCCUCUACCGAUAUUCCAUCUCUGGACCACAUGCCGUGCCUAUUGAAAAGCACAUCUCUCACUUCAUGCAAAAUGUGCCAUUUCCCUCCACUCAGAGGCCGCGCAUCCUCGUGCAGCUGUCGCCACAUGACAGCCUGAUACUGAGCCAACCUGUGUCCUCUCCGCUGCCUCUCAGCGGUGGAAGCCUCUCCACGUUACUACUGAAUCUGGGACCCAAAAAUGCAGCCACUCUGCUGGUGCUGGCUGUCACAGAGCACAAGAUCCUGGUUCAUUCCCUGCGUCCAGCUGUGCUCACCAGUGUUACUGAAGCCCUUGUGUCUAUGAUCUUUCCCUUCCACUGGCCGUGUCCUUACAUCCCUCUGUGCCCGUUGGCCCUGGCAGAUGUUCUCAGUGCUCCGUGUCCUUUCAUCGUUGGUGUAGACUCCAGAUACUUUGACCUCUACGUGCCCCCGGCUGACAUCAGCUGUGUGGAUCUGGACACAAACACCAUCUCCCAAAAAGACGACAAGAAGGCUUUAACGUGGAAAAUCUUGCCCAGGAGGGCCUGCAAGCAUCUCCUGAAUACCCUGAAUAAGCUCCAUCAGCAGCUCACUGAGGGGGGUCAGUUAAACCGUGAAGAUGUGCAGAUGGACCACACAGUGACUGACUGUGAGCUUAAUGGUGGAAAAAGCCUCCACACUCUGGAGCUGGAGAUCCAGGAGGCCUUCCUGCGGUUCAUGGCCGCUAUCCUACGAGGCUACCGCUCCUAUCUGCAGCCCAUCACCCAAGCUCCAUCUGAGAAGACCACCGAUGCCAACUCCCUCUUUGACCUCCAAGGCUUCCUGAAGAGCAGAGACCGCUCCAAUCAGAGGUUUUACUCCCUCAUGACCAAGACUCAAAUGUUCAGUCGUUUCAUAGAGGAGUGCUCCUUUGUCAGCGAUAAAGACGCCAGCUUGGCUUUCUUUGAUGAGUGCGUUGAUAAGUUAUUCACCACUGGAGGCAAGAUGGACAGCGAGCGGCCAGAGGACACCAGACUGAUCGAACUGGAUGAAUCCCACCGCAGUGAGCACACGGUGUACAUCAACCCUCCAGAGCUGCCUCCUCUACCGCUGGGAGAAGAGCAUCCUCUGUGCUAUAGCUACUCUGGGUUUCCUGUGCUGAAUGCCGAGCUCCUGGAGCCGCUGGAGGGACCAAAUCCUUCCUCAGCUGGCGUCGCCUCACGUCACAGCAGCCCAGCCAGUCCUACCGCCAUCUUUAGACGCUCUAAGCAGGAGAUCAAAUCAGCUCAAAGGAUGGCCAAAACCUAUUCAUCUAUGCCUCAGAUGUGGUCCAAGUGUCUGCUGCGGCACUGUUACGGCCUGUGGUUCAUCUGCUUGCCAGGAUUUGUGGGCAACUGCCACUCUAAGGUGCGAGCCCUGCGCACGGCUUAUGAUGUGCUGAGGAAGAUGCAGGACAAGAAGCUGCAGGCUCCAGAUGAGGUGUGCUACCGCGUGCUGCUGCAGCUGUGUGGUCAGUACAGUCAGCCGGUGUUGGCAGUCCGGGUGCUGUUUGAGAUGAAGAAGGCUGGAGUUCAACCCAACGCUAUCACCUAUGGCUACUACAACAAGGCGGUGUUGGAGAGCACUUGGCCUUCCACCACCAGAGGAGGCUACUUUCUGUGGGGAAAGCUGAGGAACGUUGUCCUCGCAGUGCUCCACUUCAAGCAAGCAGGGAGAAAACAGCAAACUCUGCACAGAGAUCCUCAGCUUUCAGACGGCAGUGAUCUUGACACCGUCAGUCAUGGCAGUUUGGACUCUGCUAAUGAUUCUGCUGAGCGCACCUCCAUCGACACCGACUUCACUAAAAUGGACUCCAGUGAUGAUGGUUUUAGCACAGGUGGACAGUCAGACCAAGGCUACGACUCUUUGUCUAAAGAGGAGGAGAGGCUGUGCGGCAGGGAGAGCGAUAAUGCGGCGCUGAUAGAAGACAAAGGACUGAGGCAGCCCACACCUGAAAUCGAGGUUCCGAUGAGCAGCACAUCUCUCUCUGCCAGAGGCUGCAAAUCCACAGAUCUCAACACAGGAAGUGGCAACAAGCUGGCCUCCAGUGCAUCCAGUGACACUCUUCUGUGUGGAGUUUUGCCAAAGACAGAGAGGCCAAAAUCUCUCGACUUGUCUGGAGCACAGGGAACUCUGAGGAUCUCCGUCCCUCUGCUCAACUCAGCCAAACAGCAUCAUCCUGCUGUUGACAGACUGCACGGAGUCGAGGAGGAGGACUCAGAGGCUGAUAAACAGAAACCUCUUCUGGAGAGGAGCGCCAGCUGCAGUGCCGGGACGGCGAGGAGGACAGGCAUUGAGACGGGAUUCGAUCCCUUGUCACUGAUGGUAACAGCACCAUUACAAGAGUGUGACCAGGACAGUGGCGGCACACCCACCGCCCGCCGCAACCUCGCCGAAGAAAUUGAGUCGUACAUGAAUAAUGGUAACAGCCCCCUGAGCAGCCGCACUCCCAGCAUGGACCUGCAGAACCCCUCGAGCCCUUUGUUUCGCUCCACCUCGUCUCCUCAUGCCUCCCCACAGUCCUCCACCCUGACACGCUCAAAUACACACCUCCCACUGCCUGUCAAAUCCAAGGAGAGGCUGAGGCAGUCGCCGUCGCUUCCUCUGGGUGUCUGUAGCAAAGACAGGGAGAGGCCCUCCUCCCUGGUUUCACCAUCCUCACCCACUCCCUCCGCGUCAUCGUUCUCUAUGGACUCACUGUUCACCCCAACUCUGGACAUCUUCAAAAGCAGCGUCAUAUCAGCAGGGAAGGGUGUGGCUGAGAAGGCCAGCCGCCUCUACUCCCGCUUGUCCUCCCAGACUUCAUUAACACAGGACACAAACUGUGACCGCAUGAGUGUGUCCUCGCUGACCUCAGGAGAGGCAGACUGCUCCUCGCUGCUCGAUAAUGACUCCUGUCUGGAUCCUGAUGGCUUUACCUCCCCCCAGCAUGGCAACGUGUCCCGUGUCAGGAGAAGCCCUGUUGGAGCUUAUAAUAUGAGCCUGGGCAGCCCCAGCACCCCCAACAGAGUGUUCAGACACAACUCCUUCUCUGGUGGUUUGGCGCUUCCCUCCAAAGCUCCUAACACUCCAGAUUCCACCCCCGACACCAGCCGCUUUCAACCCACUCCAAAUUACACCAUAGAGGUGCUGAUGUCCAGUUGUUCACUUUGUAAGACAUGUGACUGUCUGGUGUACGAUGAGGAGAUAAUGGCAGGAUGGACAGCGAAUGACUCAAACCUCAACAGCACCUGUCCUUUCUGCGGCACGGCCUUCCUGCCUUUCCUCAACGUGGAAAUCAAAGAUCUGAGACCACAGAGCAGGUCGGCUAAGAGAAGUAAUCCUGUUAAAGAGGAAGACACGUCUGAGGCGCUCACUCCUGAGGCCAAAAUGUCUGCAGCAGACUGUGCUGCUCAGUCAUCUGCAGCUCCCCAGGAGAGCAGCAGGAGUCCAGACAUGCCUGCACUGUCCUCAGCCUCCACCUCCACCUCCACCUCCGCUCCAGUGACGGUGCCCUACCUGAGCCCUCUGGUCCUGUGGAAGGAGCUGGAGAGUCUGCUGGUGAACGAGGGUGACCAGGCCCUCUCCUCCCCGAGUGUUGUCGACCAACACCCCAUCGUCUUCUGGAACCUCGUGUGGUACUUCAGGAGGCUGGAGCUGCCGAGUAACCUGCCGGCUCUCAUCCUGGCCUCCCAACACUGUAGCCAUGGAGACCAGACGCCUCAGAUCGUUUCAUCUGAGGACAGUAAGCAGGUGCUCGUGAGGAUAAUGUGGGACAACCUGAAGUUGCACCAAGACAAAGUUCAACCCUGCUAUGUCCUGUGGAACACACACUGUGCCAACUCCUUGGUUCGCUCUGGGCUGUGUGAAGAAGGCCAGCUCUUCACUGUGGAGCUGCUGCAGGGUUUUGUUAGGAGCAUUAAAAAGAGUGAUGUCUACCAGCCCAUGAGCCAAAUCAUACAGCUGCUGGGACCGGAGUUGGGUUUUAAGAGACAGAGGAGCCUCUACAGAGAUUUAUUGUUCCUUGCACUGGUGGCUUUGGGGAAGAACAACAUUAAUAUUAAUGCUUUUGAUCGAGAGUACAAGCUGGCGUACGACCGCCUCACCCCCAACCAGGUUAAACUGACACACAACUGUGACCGGCCCCCUGGAGCAGGGGUCAUGGAGUGCAGGAGGACUUUUGGAGAGCCCUGUUUGUGAACUUCUUGUCUUCUUCAGUCUCAGUAUGUUUUUUUUUUUUCUUUCCUUCAACCACAGUCACUGCUGCUGUUUUUUCAGACUGCUCUUCAGACUCAGGACCAGCUCACCUGACUGGAGCAUGGAGCUCUUUAAAGCACAAUGGGAAAUUACACUUAAUGUAAAGCAACUGCCAUGAGUUUCUUGUACACUGUCAGAGGUGGUAGGCAUGAAGUGACAGAUUUUGUGUUUGUAAAAAUUUAGAAAGUUGACCGUAUUUUCAGUAUAACUAUCGUAAAAUGUUUGUACAGUUAUUAUACAGUCUAUUUUAUGCCUUUGUUUCUGUUGAUGCUGUGAAUAAGUAUGUAAAAGUAAGUGUACGAUCACGUUGUCGAAAUUCCUCAGUGGUCCUGGCGACCUUGUUAAGACUGUUGUUAAGUGUGUGUAUAAUGCAUACUUGCUUUUAGACGUUCAUGUUUUUACAAAGCACUUUCACAAGAUGAGUUCUUGCCAUUUAUUCUCGUUUAUGUAACUCUGUGGCCCUGGAGCCUACACUUGAGUCACCUCUUAUUUGCAGCUGCAGGACAUAUUGUACUGUCUGAUAUUUCCAUUAGAUUCAGUUAGCAAAAAAAGUAAAUAUGUGCGCCCUGUAAAACAUGACAGGGUGAUGCUCAUAAGCCUAAAUACACUAAAUAUAAUUAUAUAACAGGAUAUUAUUUCUGACUCAAGAAGGGAACACUGAUUUCAUUCAUAGUAUAUAUGCACAAUGUUUAUUUUCUUUCCGUUUUUGUACAAUGUACCAAAAGAACCCAAAAGGGAAUGUUACUUCUGUAAUUUAUUUACAGUUUUUUAAGCAAUACCUUUUUUAAAGUGAAGAUUGAAUAAUUUAUGUGUUAUAUGUGACCACCAAGGAUAGAUUUCCUUAAAAACAGUACAAUCAGACUACAAAUAGAGAAAUAAAAACUGAAAAUUAAUGUAAUCUGUUGGUUUAAUCAACACUUUUUUUAAAUAAAGAAUUUACGGACACAGUAAUGGAUCCAUAAAAGUGUACAGAGUAUUUGGCUCUAGUAUUUUGUAUAUUUUGAUCUUCACUGUAUGGUGUAGAUGUCAGUUUUAGAUAUUUGGACAACAGUGCACUGUUAAAUGUGACAUACAGACAUUUAAUCACUUAUUCUAUCUGACUGUCUCUUUGAGCGGAUCGCAGUGCAGGUGUCUUGGUACUGAGCAUAUUAAAAGACUUAUAAAUGUGAAAGGUGUUAGGUUUGAACAAAAGCUCUGACCUGCCCCAAUUUAAAAUCACCUUAGAAAUGAGUGUGACAGUUCACUGUGUUGAUAUUGUCUUUCACUAUUAACUGACAACAACCUGCCUAGAUUCUGCUGGUAAUGUGGCGCAGCUCCACGGCUUAUUACUGGACUUCACAGUAACUUACGAUGACACAAUGCUGGAUUAGAUAAAGCUGUGUGCUUGGAAGAAACACCAAUCUCACAGCAUGUAAAUUUGCAUUUUAACCACCUUGUAACCUGUGACUUAAAAAAAAAAAAGCACACAAAAAAAAACACUGAUGACCAAAACAUAAUUUUAUGUCUACGUGUUGUUUACACUAUUUGUCAAUUUGAACAAUGUUUUAUGAAGUAUUAUUUAUCAUUUGUAACACAGAUACUAAUUUGUAUGAUUUUUACAUAAAGAAAAGAAAUCAAAUUUCUUCCCUGGCUGGAUCUAUAGUUUGCCUUCAUUUAUGAAUAAACACGUUUAUUCUAUGGA